CCGCGGGUCUUCGCUGUCCGCGGCUUUGGACUUGGACGAUUACCACGAAAACGCGAUCACAGUUACAUAGGUUGCACGUGGUGUUGUGAGGUGAGUCGCGAGUGUGACAGUGUGAGUCGUUAGUUUAUUUGGGAUCGCGCGCCAGUGGUGGAAAGUCGGGAAUGACGUGAGUGCUACCAACUAUUUCCUGACUUUUACAGUUUUCCUUCUUUGAAAUAGUUUCGACAUAUUUAGAAUUAGAACAUCUCUGUAGUGUGGAGAUUUGCUGUAAUUAUUUUUGAUAGCUUGAAUAUACUUUUAAUCAACAGAAAAAAUAAUGGACGGAGGUAUCAAGAAAACAAGAAAUCCAAAUCCAAGAGAAAAUGCAUUUCCAUUAUCUGCAGUCACUUUCUGUUACACAAUCCCCACCUUCAUUAAAGGAUUCAAACGUGAUCUCGAUGAAUCCGAUUUGACUGAAACUCUCUCCGAACACAAGUCUGACUAUUUGGGAAAUAAAAUAGAAAAAAUCUGGAAAGCAGAAGAAGAGAGAGCAAAAAAGAAAAACACUACUCCCUCCUUACAGCGGACACUGCUAAAAGCCUUUGGAUGGGAGUUCUUAGCGAUGGGUAUUGUUCUGAUCUUGUCAGAAACGGUAAGAUUAUAUCAACCCAUUAUUUUGGGUCGUCUAGUGAGAUAUUUUGACAUGUAUUCUAAAAAAACACCACCGAUAAAUCCUCCUGAAAUGUCAAACACCAGCUUCACAUCAGAUCAACAAAAUGUUAACGAAACUAUACUUCAACCGCUGCUCCUCAAGCGUCUACUCACAUAUUAUUCACCCCAAGGAGAACCAGUAAGCAUCGAGGAAGCUUACUACUACGCCACUGGCAUUGUCCUAUGCUCUCUGCUCUCCGUGCUGUUAGUCCACCCGUACAUGCUCGGAGUAAUCCAUAUAGGCAUGAAAAUGAGAAUAGCAUGUUGCUCUCUUAUCUACAGAAAAGCGCUGAGGCUAAGCAAGACAGCUCUUGGAGAAACCACUGCUGGGCAAAUUGUAAAUCUGUUGUCCAACGAUGUUAACAGAUUCGAUUUGGCGGUUAUUUUUGCUCACCAGUUGUGGUUAGCUCCUCUGGAAACUGUGAUUUGUACUUACUUUAUGUACUUGGAGAUUGGAGUUUCCGCUAUAAUUGGUGUGGCCAUUCUUGCUGCAUCGGUGCCAUUGCAAAUUUAUUUGGGGAAGAAAAUAUCCUUCUAUCGUCUUAGAACCGCUUUAAGAACGGAUGAAAGAGUCAGACUGAUGAACGAAAUUUUGUCAGGCAUACAAGUAAUUAAAAUGUAUGCAUGGGAGACACCAUUUGCCCAGUUGGUAGCUACAGCCAGAAGGCAUGAAAUCAAGUCACUCCGAGCUACUGCCUUUAUGCGAGGCAUAUUUCUUUCAUUUAUAAUGUACAGUACAAGAAUAUCACUAUUCGUCAGCAUCUUAGCAUACGUCCUCUCCGGAUAUGACAUCUCCGCCGAAAAAGUCUUCGUCAUUACAUCAUUCUACAGCGUCCUUCGACAAUCUCUGACGGUGUUCUUCCCUCAAGGUAUCGCGCAGGUCGCAGAAGUUAGAAUAUCUAUCCAAAGACUGAACAAAUUCAUGCAAUUUGAAGAGAUAGAUAUGGUCAGAGAAAAGUUUGGACGAUGUUCUAUGAGCAGUAGUAAAAGUUUGGAUUUAUCCAAAUCUGGGAAUGGAGUUGAGAAAUCUGAGAGGAAAGGGGAGCUGGGAGUCUUUUUAAACAAUGCUACUGCCAAGUGGAGUGAAAUGUCUGUGGAUAAUACUUUAACAGGUAUUACUAUAAAGGUUUACCCCAGUCAACUAUUAGGAGUAAUAGGUCCAGUUGGAAGCGGAAAAAGUUCUUUACUUCACGUGAUAUUGCAAGAGUUGAAACUAGUUUAUGGAUCUGUUACUGUCAAUGGUACCGUUAGUUAUGCAUCGCAGGAGCCGUGGUUAUUUGCAGGCAGCGUUAGACAAAAUAUAUUAUUUGGACAGCCUAUGGACAAAUUAAGAUACAAGACUGUGGUUAAAAAGUGUGCUUUAGAAAGGGAUUUUAGACUUUUGCCUUAUGGAGACAAGACUAUUGUUGGAGAUAGAGGUGUAUCCCUCAGUGGUGGUCAAAGAGCAAGAAUCAAUCUGGCAAGAGCCGUCUACAAGCAAGCCGACGUUUAUUUGCUAGACGAUCCUUUAUCCGCUGUGGACACUCACGUCGGGAAAGAAAUAUUUGAACAGUGCAUUACGGGUUACUUAAAAAAUAAAACUGUGAUAUUAGUUACUCAUCAAAUACAGUACUUACAGGAAUUGGACAAUAUAUUGUAUUUGGAAGAUGGCAUUCCUAAAACAGGGUCUUUUAGAGAAUUACAAGCGAGUGGAUUAGAUUUUACAAAAUCACUCGGGGAAUCUACGGAGGAAGAGGAAACAACUAAAGAAUCUGAAGUCAUGCGUCAGCUCUCUAUAAAAAGUGUUGCUUCAGUAGAAGUGGAAGAACCCAAAGAAGUCCAGGAACAAAAAGGCACCGGUACGAUUGGUGGAUAUGUAUACAGAGCCUAUUUCAGAGCGGGAGGAAAUUGUUGUGUUAUUUUUAUAUUCUUCUUUUUAUUCCUGUUAUCACAAAUGUUUGCCAGUGCCUCAGAUUACUACUUAUCUUAUUGGGUAAAUUUAGAACAACAAGACAGUGCCGCAAACUCAACACAAUCAACAGGACUUUCAUCAAAUGAGACCAUCACCAAUAACUUUUGGCACUUUUCAAGAGAAACCUCGAUAUACAUUUACUCGGGUCUAAUUGUGUUGUUGGUAAUUAUAACGUUAGUCAGAUCGUUCACAUUCUUUGCUGUGUGUAUGCGCGCCUCUACCAGACUCCAUGACAAUAUGUUCGUCAGCAUUACCAGAGCCACCAUGAGGUUCUUCAAUACUAAUGCUUCCGGAAGAAUAUUAAACCGGUUUUCCAAAGACAUGGGAUCCAUUGACGAACUUUUGCCGACAGCUUUAAUAGAUUGCCUACAGAUCGGUUUAGCUCUUUUGGGUAUUAUAGUAGUUGUAGCAGUAGUAACUCCUUUCUUAAUGAUACCGACUGUAGCUAUUGGAAUAAUCUUCUUUUUCUUCAGAAUUUUUUACUUAAGAACUAGUAGAAACAUAAAGAGAAUUGAAGGAACCACCAGAAGUCCUGUAUUUUCCCAUUUAAAUGCCUCUCUUUUGGGAUUAACAACAAUCAGGGCUUUUCAAGCUGAAGAAAUUUUGAAAAAGGAAUUUGAUAACCAUCAAGAUUUGCAUAGUUCAGCUUGGUAUGCUUUUAUAUCAACGUCCAGAGCUUUCGGGUACUGGUUGGACUUACUGUGUAUGGUUUACGUUACUCUUGUUACAUUCAGUUUUCUAGUUAUCGGUAACGAAAAAUUCGGAGGAAACGUUGGCUUAGCUAUUACCCAAGCUAUUGGACUGACUGGAAUGUUCCAAUGGGGAAUGAGGCAGUCCACCGAAUUGGAGAACCAAAUGACAUCCGUAGAAAGAGUACUCCAGUACAAUGAUAUAGAAAAAGAAGGCGCGUUGGAAUCUCAGCCUGACAAGAAACCAAAACCUUCUUGGCCAGAGAAGGGCAAGUUGGAAUUUAGGGACCUUUACCUAAAGUACUUCCCACAGGAUCCCUUCGUUUUGAAGGAUUUGAGCUUCGUGGUGAAACCAAAAGAAAAAAUCGGUAUCGUCGGAAGGACAGGUGCAGGGAAAUCUUCACUUAUUAAUGCUCUCUUCCAAUUAACUGAAACUAUCGGCGAUAUUUUGAUAGAUGAAGUUAACAUUUCACAGAUUGGAUUACAUGAUUUGAGAACUAAGAUCUCUAUUAUCCCACAAGAGCCUGUUCUGUUUUCGGGAACUAUGAGGAAGAAUUUAGAUCCAUUUGAUGAAUUUUCAGAUGCUGAACUUUGGAGCGUUUUAGAAGAAGUAGAACUAAAAGAAGCCGUCGAAAACUUGGUAGCCGGUCUCAACUCCAAAAUGUCCGAAGGUGGCACCAACUUCAGCGUAGGCCAACGCCAGCUUGUCUGUCUAGCAAGAGCCAUCCUCAGAAAGAACAAACUUUUAGUCCUCGACGAAGCCACUGCUAACGUCGACCCACAAACAGAUGCUCUGAUCCAGCAAACCAUAAGAACCAAAUUCGCAGAAUGCACGGUUCUAACUAUAGCUCACAGACUGAAUACUGUAAUGGAUUCAGAUAAGGUGCUAGUAAUGGACGCUGGAACUUUGAAGGAGUUUGACCACCCUCACGUACUAUUACAAGAUAAAGAUGGUAUCUUUUAUGGGAUGGUUCAGCAGACAGGAAAAACUAUGGCUGAAACUCUUCAUCAGUUAGCUAAAUAUAGUUACGAAGCUAUGAGUCAUCUUCAUCCAGACAGUUUUAGGUAGUAGUUUGAUAGGGGCACUGAUUGUUUGUGCGUUUCACUUAAAUAAAUUAAUCAGUUGUAGAAAUUUCCUCCAAAUUAACAGUUUUUAACACUUCAAUAUCCAAGACACUUAAUAUUGAACAUAGCUAAAUGUUAGUUUCUUGUUUUUUACUAUAUACUUUUAUUUUUAAUUUAUUAUCGAGAUCAAAAUGUUUUUAAGUAAAAUUUUAGUAUCAUCUUCUUCAGCCUAUUAGCAUUCACUCCUGGACCAUAAGUUCUCCAAUCUUCUCUGUGUUGUGCUAUUUAGCAGGGCCGCCGAGAGGGCGGUACAGCCGGUAAAUUUUACCGGGGCCCGGCGUCGACCAGACCAAAGACGUAAUUUUUCCCGUUUUUUUGCUCUUCACUUUGUGCCCAUGAUGCGUUUAAUUAAUAUUCGGCUAUAUUUAAUAUUAUGACCUUUAAUCGAUUUUGUUUAAAAUUUUAACAGCAAUAAAUCACAGGAGUCAAAUACUAAAGUGCAGUCAGAUAAAACUAUUGUAUGGAUAUGGAGAUUAAAAAUAUAUCGGGGCUUCUAGAAGAUUUACAAAAAAGAGAAGAAUCUAUUUUGAAGGAUCUAAAUUAGUUACCAGCAGUUAUGGAAUAAAUCCAGAAUUUACAUGACUCUGACUCUAUGUUAAGCUUUGUCCAUAAAAUUGUAUAAUUUUCAGUGACAAUAAAGCAUAUUUCUAUUCUAUUCUAUUCUACAUUAAAUUAAUAACGAAAAACCGCGAACAAAGCUUGUGAGAUUUUUUGAUGAUUUGCCUGGGCCUAGUAGUUAUGCGACUAAUAAUUUUGAGCCCGACGCAAUAUUUCGUUGGGAAAUAUUUACUAUUGUCAUAUAUAAUAAGCAACUUAACCAGAAGAUUUAAUGCGGAAAAUAAAAUUCAUUCGCUAUUUAACAUUUUAUGGAUAUUCCGAGAUCGAUGAUGAUGACGAAAAUAUUAAGAAGAAAAAUUGAUAUAGAUAUGUAUAUUGCGCAAGUUUUAUAAAAAAAGACAUCAGUGAAGAUAGUCCUGUCGCCAGGGGGGGUACAACGGCCUCCUGUAUUCAGAUGGACUUACCCAAGUUUUUUUUUUAUGUAUUUUGACCUGUAGAACACGAAUUUUUUGGGUAACAGUUGAUCCGGAUGUCGAGAAGAUUGUUAUAAACCAAGAAGUUGAGGAAUCACAUAACAGCGAUUUCUGGCAAAACAAAACAUUUUUUUGUAUUUUUGGGGCCAUUCUAACCAAAAAAUGUUCCUACAAAUUUUUUCGUAGGAUGCAUAGGUUUCGAGAUAAACGCGGUUGAACUUUCAAAAAAUCGAAAAAUUGCAAUUUUUGAACCCGAAUAACUUUUGAUUAAAAAAUAAAAUAGCAAUUCUGCUUACUGCAUUUAAAAGUUCAAGUCAAGUUAUAUCGAUUUUAAUUAUUUGUAUUGCUAAAAAUGUAUUAUUUUAUUGUUAAAAAAAGCUAUAAACACCUAGUGCUUGAGUGAUGUUUUUAAUGAUUUCUCAUUUAAAAUCGAACGAGUAGGUAGAAGAGGUAAAAGUGCAAGUGAGGCUAUUUCUACGUAGCAUGCAUUAAAACGCAUGUAUUAGGCACGGGAAAUACUAUAGCUUUUUUUAACAAUCAAAAAAUAAAUUUUUAGCAAUGCAAAUAUUUAAAACAGAUAUAAUUUGACUCAAACUUUUAAAGGCGGUAAGCAUAAUUGCUAUUUUAUUUCUUAUUCAAAAGUUAUUCGGGUUCAAAAAUUGCAAUUUUUCGAUUUUUUGAAAGUUUAACCGCGUUUAUCUCGAAAACUAUGCAUCCUACGAAAAAACUUGUAGAAACAUUUUUUGGUUAGAAUGACCCAAAAAAUACAAAAAAAUGUUUUGUUUUGCAAGAAAUCGCUGUUAUGUAACUCCUCAACUUCUUUGUUUAUAACAAUCUUAUCGACAUUCGGAUCAACUGUUACCCAAAAAAUUCGUGUUCUACGGGCCAAAAUACAUAAAAAAAACUUGGGUAAGUCCAUCUGAAUUAAGAAGGCCGUUGUACCCCCCCUGGCGACAGGACUAAGAAUUGAUAGAUGAAAUUUUUCAUUUGAGAGCGAGAUACAAGGAUAAUAUUGGUGAAUCUCAACUUUCUCCAAUAUAUUUGCUUAAUAAAAUUAAACAUCUCAAAUUUGAAUCGUUAUUGCGUUAAGAAUAUUCUGCACAUUACUGGUGACAGUCACAGAAGCAGAAAGAUCCUUUAGAUUUCUUUUUCGCAUAAAAAAUUCUAUGAGGUAAUGAUAGCUACAAUGAAACAGGAUCGGUUAGCUGCCUAUCAACUUUGUGAAUUAGAAUGAUUUGACAAAAACAUGCGAUUUUUCAAAAAUUAGAGACAUUUUUGCCAAUCAGAAAACUCGAAAAGCACCUGUAAUAUAAAUAUUUUCACUAUUAUAAAUAAUAUAAUCAAAAUUCAAUAAAAUUUAUAUUUGAAA